AUGGUCGUCCCACAGUCUUUGCUACGAGGGCUGUUCUGCAGCAUUUGUGAAGGAAAAUUUGAGACUAAUUUUAAAUCACCCUGCUUUCAGAGGAUUCUGUUAGAUGCCUUAAAUGUAUUCCUUGCUUUUGUAUUCUUUCUCGUCUUACUGUUUGUUUAUGUUACAAAGAGAACUGAUUUACGGUUGCAAUUAAAGAAUGGUUUGACCACUACAUCCAUUACAAUCUUCUGUCUUCUGUUGAGUUUUGCCUAUUUUGGCUUUAGUUCAUUGAAUUUAAAUGGUGAAGAAGACAGAAUGAAUCAUUUUAUAUGGUUACCUUACUUACUUAGAGGGUUGAUUUGGGCUGCUCUUUCUUUAACAUUGCUGGUACAAGGAUCCAGAGGGAUCAAACUUGUUAUUUCUGCUUGGUGGGUUGAAUUUUUCGUGUUGAUCACGGCUUUCAAUAUCGAAGUUCUACUGGAAAGACAUUCCAUUGAAGCCAUUGAGUUUAUCUCAUGGUUGGGCAACAUCUUGCUACUGUUUUGUGCUAUGAGCACUCUCCAAAUCACAAUCUAUCGCCCCACCACAGAAAAUGCUGCCCUUUUAGAACCCCUUUUAACCGAAGAUCCUCAUAAGGGCCACACCUCAAUCAAUCUAGGCCAAGUUAGCUUCUUUAGCAAAUUGACUUUGUCUUGGGUCAAGCCAUUACUGCAUUUAGGUAACUCGAAAACUUUAGCUAUUGAAGACAUUCCUUGUCUAGGAUCAGAAGAUGAAGCAGGUUUGGCCUAUAAAAAAUUUGAUCAAGCUUGGAAAUCCCUUCAAGGAAAAACGGAUUUCAGGACUGCACAUAACUUGGUUCUCUGUGCUAUUACAAGAGUUUACUGGAAAGAAAUGGUGCUAGCUGGAACUUGUGCAUUUUUAAGGGCAGUAGCUGUAGCAAUUGCUCCAUUAUUUCUCUUUGGUUUGGUCAGGUAUUACAAUAGUGAAACAAGAAGUAUCAGAGACGGAGCAGUUUUACUCGUGAGCUUGGUUCUUUUGAAGGUUGUCGAGUCUUUAUCUUCUCGUCAUUUCUAUUUUUACGCCAGGAGAUUAGGCAUGAGGAUGAGAUCUGCUCUUAUUGUGGCAGUUUACCAGAAGCAGCUUAAGCUUUCUAGUAAGGGUAGGCGAGUGCACUCAGCAGGUGAGGUUGUAAAUUACAUUGCAGUUGAUGCUUAUCGAAUGGGUGAAUUUCCCAUGUGGACUCAUAUAGGUUGGAGUUCUGUGCUUCAACUUCUACUUGCCAUUGCUGUCCUUUUUGCAGUUGUUGGUCUUGGUGCUCUUCCUGGUUUAUUACCUCUUAUCAUGUGUGGCUUUCUAAAUGUACCCUUUGCAAAAUUAAUCCAGAAGUGUCAACGUGAGUUCAUGAUUGCUCAAGACAAACGACUGAGGAUAAUGUCAGAGAUUCUGAAUAAUAUGAAAAUCAUAAAGCUACAAUCAUGGGAAGAUAAAUUCAAGAACUUGAUAGAAUCAUAUAGAGAGAAUGAAUUCAAAUGGUUAGCAGAGUCUCAGUACAAGAAAGUUUAUAUUACUCUCUUGUUUUGGAUGUCUCCAACAAUUGUAUCUUCCGUUAUUUUCUUUGGUUGCAUCGUGUUUAGAAGUGCUCAAUUGAAUGCAAGUACAGUUUUCACUGUCUUGGCUUCCCUAAGGAGCUUGUCAGAACCUGUGCGUCUCAUUCCGGAAGCUCUUUCUGCUUUGAUGCAAGUUAACAUUUCAUUUGAUAGAAUAAAUUCUUUCCUCCAAGAGGAUGAAAUAAAAGAUCAUGAGGAUGAAUCGAGAUCUCAUUCAAAUGACUUAAAUCUUACUAUACAAAUUGAAGAUGGUUGCUUCAGUUGGCAUCCAGAUUCAGCCACUUUGACAAUACAUAAUGUAAACCUGCAUGUUCAAAGGGGGCAGAAAGUUGCAGUUUGUGGACCAGUUGGGGCCGGAAAAUCGUCACUUCUAAAUGCUAUACUUGGAGAAAUACACAAGACAUCUGGAAAUCUGAGUGUUCAUGGAGAUAUUGCUUAUGUUUCCCAAGCUUCUUGGAUUCAGAGUGGGACAAUCCGAGAAAAUAUUCUCUUUGGAGAGCCUAUGAAUAAUUCCAAAUACGAAGAGGCUUUAAGAGUUUCUGCUUUGGAAAAAGACAUUGAUAGUUUUGAGUACGGUGAUCUUACAGAGAUUGGGCAGAGAGGUAUAAACAUGAGUGGUGGACAGAAGCAGAGAAUUCAACUUGCUCGGGCUGUCUAUCGUGACGCUGAUAUAUAUCUUCUCGACGACCCUUUUAGUGCUGUGGAUGCACACACCGGAGCAACUCUUUUUAACGAUUGUGUUAUGUCUGCUUUGGCAAAUAAGACUGUCAUUCUCGCGACUCACCAAAUAGAGUUCCUGUCAGCUGUUGAUCAUAUUCUGGUAAUGGAAGGUGGGCAUGUUACUCAAUCUGGAAGCUAUAAAGAAUUACUCACAGCAGGGACAGUAUUUGAAGAACUUGUGGUCGCUCAUCAAAAUGCAAUAACAUUCUCAACUCCUCUGACCAGAAAUGAAGAUGAAACUCAACAAGAUAUCAUAAAUAAAUUGGAAGAUACAAAUCGGUCUUAUUUAAGCGAAGAAAAGAAUGGUGAAGAGAUAUCCAUGAUACCAGCAGUAGAACAGUUGACAAAAGAAGAAGAGAAGGAAAUUGAGGAUGUCGGGUUUAAAACUUUCCUGGAUUAUGUUCGGGUUUCAAAUGCACAAUUUCUGGUACUGUUCAUCGUGAUCUCUGCAGUUGGAUUUUUUGGUCUCCAAGCCGUGGCUAGUUAUUGGCUAGCAUUUUCUAUCCAAUCUCCGAGCUAUAGCAAUUUCACUAUUGUUUCUGUGUAUGCUCUCAUUGCAACUCUGAGUGCCUUGUUCAUCUACCUGAGAUCCUUAUUUGCAGCCAUCUUCGGAUUGAGAGCUUCGAAAGCAUUUUUCUCGGGUUUCACCAGUUCCAUUUUCAAUGCUCCAAUGCUUUUUUUUGAUUCAACUCCAGUUGGGAGGAUCUUGACACGAGCUUCUUCAGAUUUCAGUGUGCUGGAUUUUGACAUCCCUUUUCCCUUUGCUUCGGUGUUGGUUGCUGGGAUUGAAAUCAUUGCAACAAUUUGCAUCAUGGCUUCGAUAACGUGGCAGGUCUUUGUUGUGGGAGCCAUAGCUACUAUCGCAUCCAAAUAUGUUCAGGGAUACUACCAAUCCACUGCGCAAGAACUGAUGCGGAUAAAUGGAACCACGAAAGCUCCCAUAACGAAUUACGCUUCUGAGACAGCACUUGGAGUUGCCACAAUAAGAGCAUUUAGAAUGUCAAACAGGUUCUUUCAGAACUACCUCAAGCUUGUGGACACUGAUGCAAAAGCGUUCCUUUUCUCUAAUGCCGCGAUGGAGUGGUUCAUUUUACGUGUAGAAACACUUCAGAAUCUCACUCUAUUCACUGCUGCUUUUCUCUUAAUAUCAAAUCCUAAGCAAUUCGUUGCUCCAGGGCUUGUGGGACUGUCUCUUUCUUAUGCUUUCACACUUCCUGCGGUUCAAAUAUUCUUCUCGCGUUGGUACAGCAACUUAGUUAAUUACUACAUUUCAGUGGAGAGGAUCAAACAGUUCAUGCACAUACCACCUGAACCUCCAGCAAUUGUGGAAGACAGUAGACCACCGCCAUCUUGGCCUUCCCAUGGAAGAAUUGAGUUGCUGGAACUGAAUAUAAGAUACCGGCCUAAUACUCCAUUAGUUCUUAAAGGGAUUACAUGUACUUUCAGAGAAGGAACCAGAACAGGAGUUGUUGGAAGGACAGGAAGUGGCAAAACAACAUUGGUUAGCGCUUUGUUUCGCCUUGUUGAGCCUUACAGUGGUCAAAUAAUCGUAGAUGGCAUCAACAUUUGCUCAGUUGGCCUUAAGGAUUUACGUUCGAAGCUCAGCAUUAUCCCUCAAGAACCAACACUUUUUAGGGGCAGUAUAAGGACAAAUUUGGAUCCUUUCGGCCUUUACACUGAUGAGGAAAUAUGGCAGGCUCUGGAGAAAUGCCAACUGAAGGACACAGUCAGCAGUCUCCCAAACUUGUUAGAUUCUUCGGUAAGUGAUGAAGGUGAGAAUUGGAGUAUGGGGCAGAGACAGCUUUUCUGCCUUGGAAGAGUACUGCUGAAAAGGAACAGAAUCUUAGUGCUGGAUGAAGCAACUGCUUCCAUUGAUUCCGCAACUGAUGCAAUCCUGCAGAAAGUGAUCAGAGAAGAAUUCUCAAAAAGCACUGUGAUUACGGUGGCACACAGAGUUCCAACAGUAAUCGAUAGCGAUAUGGUCAUGGUUCUUUCCUUAGGUAAGUUCUUCGUCUUUCUUCCUGCUUCAUGUUACAAUUAG